AUGCCUUGUGAAGAAAAGUCUGAAAUCCCUUUUCCAGCUACUCAGCCUUCAAAUCUAAAGAAGCAAUGGAUCCCUAAAUAUGUAAAAAUAAGCUUAUGCCUUUUGUCUGCAUCCCUCUUAUUUGCUCUUUACAAAGGACCGGAAUUUUAUAUUCCUUCUUCUCUCUGGACUUCAGAGCAAAAAGCUCAUUUUGUCCUAAAUCACUUCCCUUUAAUUGAUGGUCAUAAUGACUUUCCUACUUUUAUUCGUGAAAAUUACGAUAAUAAGUUGGCUGACAGAGACCUUCACCAUGCUACUGGCCAUACGGAUAUCCAGCGCCUUAGAAGCGGCCACGUAGGUGGUCAAUUUUGGUCUGGGUUUGUUGAAUGCCCUUCACUGGCUCCAGAUAGCUUUCUUGCGUGGAACAGAUCUGGCGAACAUGAAGCUGUACAACAAACCUUGCAGCAACUUGAUAUAAUUAAGCGUAUGAUUGACAAAUACCCUCAAGACUUUUCCUUGACUACCAAGAGCAAUCAAGUAAAAUAUAACUUUUUACGGAAACGCAUUUCAGGAAUGAUUGGUAUUGAGGGUCUGCACCAAAUUGCUGGCAGCCCAUCUAUUUUACGACGUUACUAUGAAAUGGGAGUGCGAUAUGCUACGCUCGCCCACAACUGUGAUAACGUUUUUGCUGAUGCUGCUGUUGGCGGUAAGCAAGUCAAUGGUGGAUUGUCAGAAGCGGGACGAGCUUUGGUUCGUGAAAUGAAUCGUCUUGGCAUGAUGGCAGAUUUGUCCCAUGUAACGCCUGAAGUCAUGCAUCAAGCUUUAGAUAUUUCUUUAGCACCAGCUUUUUUUUCUCAUAGCUCUGCCAAAGCUAUUCACAACCAUCCAAGGAAUGUUCCGGAUGAUGUCCUUUCACGGGUCAAAGACACUGACGGCGUUGUGAUGGUAAACUUCUAUCCUAACUUUAUUAGUCCGACUCCCAGAAAUACCACUUUGGAGACCGUAGUUGAGCAUAUCCAACAUAUUGCUAAGGUGACAGGCUCUUAUCGUCAUAUAGGGCUCGGUGCCGAUUAUGAUGGCAUAGAAUUGGUCCCAAAAGGCCUCGAAGACGUCUCCAAGUACCCUGCUUUGUUUACCAGAUUAGCCGAUUUAGGACUUUCUAUAAAUGAUCUUAUAAACAUUGCAGGCGGUAAUGUUUUGCGCGUGUGGAAAGCCACUGAACAAGCAUCCCAUGAAAUACAUGAACCACUUCUUGAAUGGGAAGAUGAACUUGGCAAAUAA